CGGACAAUUUUGGGACUUUAGGCAGUAAUAUAUAACACUUUCUCAUUCUCUCACACUCAGAUGUUCUCAUGCACUCAAAUAUCAGAAGCAACUUCAUAGCUCCAAAAUCAGCCAUAGCCUGUCCAGAAAACUCAAUACCUUUCAUUGUCAAAAAAUGCAUUGCCCUUCUGCAAAAUUGUGCUUCUUCCAAAUUCAAACUGAAACAGAUUCAUGCCUUCUCAAUCAGGUAUGGUGUACCUCUCAGCAAUCCAGACAUGGGCAAAUACCUCAUAUACUCUAUUGUUUCUCUUUCAGCCCCCAUGACUUAUGCUACCAGUAUCUUUACCCAAAUUGAAAACCCAAAUAUUUUUACCUGGAAUACUAUGAUUAGAGGCUAUGCUGAGAGUGAAAAUCCAAAACCGGCCAUUGCAUUGUAUUGUUAUAUGCAUGUGAAUUCCAUUGAACCAGAUACACAUACAUACCCUUUUCUUUUAAAGGCCGUGUCUAAGGUGGUGAAUGCUAGGGUUGGUGAAAAGAUACAUUCCAUUACUAUAAGAAAUGGGUUUGAAUCAUUGGUGUUUGUUCAAAACAGUCUCGCUCAUAUGUAUGCCGCUUGUGGACAAUACAAUAGUGCCCACAAGUUGUUUGAACUAAUGCCUGUGAGGGAUCUUGUGGCAUGGAAUACUGUGAUUAAUGGCUUUGCUCUCAAUGGAAAACCCAAUGAGGCUUUAAAACUUUACGAGGAAAUGGGUUCGGAGGGUCUUGAACCUGAUGGGUUCACUAUUGUUAGCUUGCUGUCUGCUUGUGCUGAGAUUGGUGCCUUGGCCUUGGGUAGAAGGGUUCAUGCCUAUAUGGUCAAAGUUGGUUUGACUGAGAAUUUGCAUGCAAAUAAUGCCCUUUUGGACCUUUAUGCAAAGUGUGGAAGCAUUAUGAAUGCACAGAAGGUUUUCGAUGGGAUGGGGGAAAGAAAUGUAGUUUCUUGGACUUCUUUGAUUGUCGGGUUGGCUGUUAAUGGUUUUGGUAUGGAAGCACUUGGGCACUUUAAGGAGAUGGAGAAAAAUGGAUUUGUGCCCAGUGAGGUCACUUUUGUUGGUGUGUUAUAUGCUUGUAGUCAUUGUGGCAUGGUAAAUGAGGGGUUCGAUUACUUCAAAAGAAUGAAAGAGGAAUAUGGCAUUGUGCCUAGUAUGGAACAUUAUGGAUGUAUGGUUGAUUUGCUAGGUAGGGCAGGUUUGGUGACAGAGGCAUAUAACUAUAUUCAAAAUAUGCCAUUGCAGCCUAAUGCUGUUGUCUGGAGGACCUUGCUAGGGGCAUGCACAAUUCAUGGGCAUUUGGCUUUAGGAGAGACUGCAAGAUCCCAGCUAUUACAAUUAGAGCCUAAGCAUUGUGGAGAUUAUGUGCUAAUUUCUAACCUUUAUGCAUCUGAGCAACGCUGGUCAGAUGUGCAUAGUGUGAGAAGGACAAUGCUUAGUGAAGGCGUAAGGAAAACCCCAGGGUAUAGCCUUGUCGAGCUGGGAAAUCGUGUCCAUGAAUUUGUUAUGGGUGACAGAACUCAUCCUCAAAGCGAGGCAAUAUAUGGAAUGUUAUUAGAGAUCUCAAAGAGGCUGAGAUUGGAAGGUUAUGUGCCUCACACGGCAAAUGUUCUUGCAGACAUAGAGGAGGAAGAAAAGGAAAAUGCUUUGUUUUAUCAUAGUGAGAAGAUUGCAGUUGCUUUUAUGCUUAUUAAUACACCUCCAGGAACCCCAAUUAGGGUUGUCAAGAAUUUAAGAGUAUGUGCAGAUUGUCAUUUGGCAAUCAAACUCAUUUCAAAGGUUUUCAAUAGAGAAAUUAUUGUGAGGGAUCGCAGUCGGUUUCACCAUUUCAGAGAUGGUUCUUGUUCUUGUAGGGAUUAUUGGUAAACCUUUUUUCGUUCUUUUUCUGGCUGAUGCAUAAAUUUUCAGACAAUUCAGAAGCUUUUCUUAUGCGUGUCAUUGAGUUUAGUA